CACGCACAUUGGCACAACACACAGUGACAGACGCUGCCCCAAGCUGCUCAGCCGCUUGGUACACCCCCAGCUCCGAACGCCGGUCGCCGCCCUCCAGCCGUCACCGCCACAGCAGCAGCUCCUCAAGACUCAAGCCGUCCCCAGCAGCCUCCUCCAUCUGUCGCCAGUCACCCACAGGGAAGAAAGCGGAUUAUUGUUGUGAUUAAUUGUUUUAAUUUUUUUAGGAUUUAAGUUGAAAAAAUGGAAUAAUUUAUUUAUUUAUUUUUUGAGUUAUUUGGGAUACCCGAACCGUAAUAAUCGAAGCGAUUAGGACAUAAUCAAUACGGUUCGGUAUCGGUUGAUUUCUGGUUCGGGUAUUCGACCGCGAUAUCAGAAUCAGUCAACAAAAGGUUGCACGACUUGAGUUUACGUUAGCAACAAUUUCACGUAAGCGCUCAAUCUCAGAGCCAGAAAAUGGAGUAUUAAUUUCGGUGGAGAGAGACAAAGAGUUGAAACCCAGAAAGAGGGAUUGCAAACUGUUCGACGAAAUGUCGCACAGUUUGAGAUUGCGGCCUUCUUUGGCUCACAAUUUCACGCCCGUUUCUACUCGUCACCACAAACCCUCCACGAAGGCUUUCAAGCUCAGCAUCCGCAGUUGCUCCGCGGCCCCUGAAAAUGCUAGUAAACUUGUGGCAGAAGUCAAAACAAAGCUUGAGAAUCAACACAGCAAUCUGCCAGUGGGCAAAUAUGGAAGAGAUGAUGAAGAAAUGAUUCUUUGGUUCCUGAAAGAUCGAAAGUUUUCUGUUGAAGAGACCGUUUCCAAAUUGACUAAAGCAAUUAGUUGGCGUAAGGAUUUUCGUGUAUCCGAAUUGUCGGAAGAAUCAGUUAAACGUGUCGCAGAAACUGGAAAAGCUUAUCUCCACAACUAUCUCGAUGUACACGGCAGACCAGUGUUGAUAGUGGAAGGAUCCAAGCAUUUUCCAGGGGAGUUCAAACCUCAGGAAGACGAGAGUCUGUGUGUUUUCUUGAUCGAAAAAGCACUAAGCAUACUCCCCGAGGGAAAGCAGGAAAUGCUUGUUGUAAUCAAUCUCCGUGGGUUCCAGACACAAAAUGCUGACGUUAAAUUCUUUACAUUUGUGCUUGAUGCAUUCUACUGCUACUAUCCAAGGCGACUGGGUCAAGUCCUCUUCGUAGAUGCUCCUUUCAUAUUCAAGCCAUUUUGGCAGCUAGUUAAGCCCUUGCUCAAAUCAUAUGCCUCUCUUGUGAGAUUUUGCUCGGCGAAGGAGGUUAAAGAAGAGUACUUCGCGGCAGACACCAUCCCAGCCAGCUUCAAGUAGUGAAAAAUUGAGCUUGGGAGUUUUCAUUGCUUACACAGAUUGUUUGAAAUCAACAGUCAAUGUUGGCACAAAUCACCAACAGCCUUCUUUUCGUCGUUUUUAUUUGUUGUUUUGCAUUAGUUUUUUUUUACUUUUGAACUGGGCUAUAUAUUAACAUCAUCUUAUUUUGAUCACUUUUCUUCUUGGUUGUUCCUUAAUCUUUCCCAAUGGGGAUUAUUUCUUACUUUAAAACAGCUAUGUGAGGGGUAUACGUGUAUUGAGUGAAUGGAGAACUAGUCUGUAAUUUUGGAAAUCAAUCAUACCAUUUGCCUUACACCAUCA